AGCACCAGUAUUCCAGCAAAACACAAAGAGAGAGAGGAAGUAGAGAGAGAAAGUGUAUUUUAGAGAGAGAAGCAAAAGAGUGUGUGUAUUGUGUGUGGAGCUUCUUUCUCACAUGGCCUCUAUGCCGCUGGGGCCGCAGCAACAGCUUCAACCACCGCAAGUGGCAACUCCGCCGCAACAGCUGCCGCAGGCGGAGAAUGACCCUAUGCAAGUGGACUCUCGCGACGGCUCUGACGCCGCCUCCAAUAAGGAAAUGUCUGCUCCCGUCGCAGAGGGUAAUGAGGCACAUGGACUCACUGGUCACAUAAUAUCAACCACAAUUGGUGGCAAAAAUGGUGAACCUAAACGAGUGCGGACAUUCUAACCUUUUCAUCUUCCAGAUUUAAUUUUUAAGAAUUUCGUUUGUACUGAAUAUAAACUUGGUAAACCUUUCCCAUAAGGAUCCAUCCAAAAUUGUAAUACCUUUUGUUAGCUAGAAGUUGGCAUAUUUCCUCCACUCGCAUAUUAAUUUGUUUUGUUUUUUAAAUUUAAUUUUUAUCUCCCCCUUCUAUGAAUGAUUGUCUUUGG